AUGGUUAUAUGUAAAGUUGAUCUCCUCCGCUAUUUGCUAAAUAGGCCAGUCCUUCGAGGCCGUUUGGUUAAAUGGGCACUAAAAUUAACAUCGUUUUCGCUAACAUAUCAACCCCUCAAGGCCGUCAAAGGACAGGCCAUUGCCGAUUUUUUAGCCGAACAUCCAAGGAUGGUUCAGGCCACAGCAAUAGAUUAUGUAGGGGUGGAACCCUGGACGGUAGCUUUCGACGGUUCUAGUACCAUAGGGGUGGCCGGGGCAGGUGUAAUAAUCCAUAACCCAGAAGGAGAGGUAUGGCGUUUUGCGCACCAACUCCCGCAAGGUGUUACAAAUAACCAAGCUGAAUAUGAAGCUUUACUAUUAGCUUUACGUUUCCUCGUGGCCCGAAAAGUCAGGAAGGUAGUCAUCUGUGGGGAUUCUCAAUUAGUUAUCCGACAGGCCCUUAAAGAGUUCAAAUGUAGAGAUCCGCAACUUCAGAUUCUUCUUCGCGAAGUCCAUAGUCUUCUACAACAGCUUACAGACGUAGUUUUAGAAGAUAUACUCCGAGAUGAAAAUGCGGAAGCAAACGACUUGGAACAGUGGGCGUCCGGUUUUAGAAGGAGAUACAUGCCUUGGGAAGGCAAAUGCUCACAGGUCGAUAGGCCAGGUCUGGAUUGGCGAACCCCCUUGCUGGAAGGGUUAGCCAACCCCAGGAAGGCCACGACAAAAGCCGAAUGA